AUGGGGUCUUGGAUGUGGAGAAAGAUGAUCAAAAUGAGAGGUGUUGCAAGGAGUUUUCAUAAAAAAGACUUGGGGAAUGGAAGAAAUACUUCUUUCUGGUUUGAUCAUUGGUCUGAGAAGGGAGUUCUAAUUACACUGUUGGGGGAAAGAGGUAUAGUAGAUAUGGGCAUUAAACGUGAAGCCACAGUAGCAGAAGCUAUUAUGAGAGAUAAAAGGAGGAGAAGUUAUCGUUCUUUGGCUCUUAGGGAAAUUGAGGCAGAAAUGGAGACUGUUCGGAGGAAGCUACGAGUGGAGAAUGAGGAUGUAAAUAUGUGGAAGGAUGGGUCGGGGUAUAGACAAAAAUUCUCAACACAUGCUACUUGGAUGUUGCUUCGUUCGCAAAAGGAGAGGUGUAGUUGGGCUAGGAGUAUUUGGUUCUCAAAGGCGACUCCUAAGUAUGCGUUUGUUUCAUGGCUGGCUUCUCGGAACAGACUCUCAACAAUGGACAGAAUCGUUCAGUGGGAUCCUGGUGCGGACACAACUUGUUCAACUAAGGGGAUUCUGGCUGGUGAUUACACAAAUGUUUGGUCGAGCAUUUUUGACAUCAUAUCGGAUGAGGGAAUGGAAAGGAAGAAGAGGUUUUGUCUGUGCUAUGCUUUGCAAAUUGCUGUGCAUACUUUGUGGAGGGAGAGAAAUAUGAUCAAACAUGAAGAGAAGCCUACUCCUAUUGCAGCUAUUAUAAAAAUGGUGGACAAAAGUAUAAGAAACAAGCUGAGCAUUAUGAGGUCCAAAAGAGUUAAAGGGUGGGAAAGUGUAAUCAUGGCUGAUGAAAUUAACGAGAUGCAACAAGAACUUGCACCCUUUGACCCAACCAAAAAGAAAAAGAAGAAGAAAGUUGUUCUUCAGGAUCAUGCUGAGAGCUCAUCACCAGAAUUGCAGAUGGAGAAAGCUGAUGAUCCAAUGCCUGGAGCAGUUAAUGAUGGUCUUGAAAGCGCAGUUAGUGGAAUGAAAAAUAGCAAGAAGCCAGUUGAUUCCAGCUCACUGAAUGAAGAAAAUGUUGAAGCCGUAGAAGAUUUGGAUGGUGGUCAUGAGGAAGAGAAAGGAGUAAUCCAGCAGGAGAAUCGUUAUCCUUGGGAGGGAAGUGAUAGAUUGUACCUAUAUGAAGAGAUGCUUGGUAGGGUCUUCAACAUUCUGCGUGAAAACAAUCCGGACCUAACUGGAAAUAGGCGUCGUACAGUUAUGAGGCCUCCCCAAGUUCUUCGUGAGGGGACAAAGAAGACGGUCUUUGUCAACUUUAUGGACCUUUGCAAAACGUAUGAACAAACAUUGUCUCUUCAAACUCACUAG